UUAAUAGCCCAAGGUUCAGGAAAACCCUGGCAGGGUGGCUGCCUGACUUCUGGGAGGGUUGGUGGCACACAGUGGGACACAAUGGAAUCUGGCUUCACCUCCAAGGACACUUAUGUGAGACAUUUUAACCCUCAGGCUUAUCUAGAAAAAUACUACAAUUUUGGGUCCAGAAACUCUGCAGAAAACCAGAUUCUUAGGCACCUUCUGACAUAUCUUUUCAAGAUAUUCUGCCUGGGAGGGGUGGAGGGAGACCUCCUGAUUGACAUCGGCUCUGGCCCCACCGUCUACCAGCUCCUGUCUGCCUGUGAGUCCUUCAGGAAGAUUGUUGCCACUGACUACCUGGACCAGAACCUGAAAGAGCUGGAGAAGUGGCUGAAGAAGGAACCGGGGGCCUUUGACUGGUCCCCCGUGGUGACCUACGUGUGUGAGCUUGAAGGGAACAGAGUCAAGGGGCCAGAGAAGGAGGAGAAAUUGAGGCGGGCAGUCACACAGGUGCUGAAGUGUGAUGUGACUCAGAGGCAGCCUCUGGGUGGGGUCCUCCUGCCCCCUGCUGACUGCCUGCUCAGUACUCUGUGUCUGCACGCCGCCUGCGCGGAUCUCCCUGCCUACCACGAGGCCCUCAGGAAUCUCAGCAGCCUGCUCAAGCCAGGGGGCUUCCUGGUGCUCGUGGAUGCGUUGAAGAGUAGCUACUACACAGUGUCCGAGCAGCGCUUCUCCAGCCUCUCCCUGGGUGCAGAGACGGUAGAGGCUGCCGUGAAAGAGGCCGGGUAUACCAUCGAGCAGUUUGAGGUGAUCUCUCAAAGUUACUCCUCCACCACUUCCGACAAUGAAGGGCUUUUCUUCUUGGUGGGGCGGAAGCUGGACAGAUCUGUGUGACCUCAAUAAAGCAAUGUAUUGACCAGUGGACUUCAAAUACUGGUUCCAGCCACUGUGGUCUUUGAGCUGAGCAGAUGCUAAGUAUCUGCAACUGAUGCUUCUUCUAGGACAGAAUUGGAAUAAUCAGUGCAGGAGAAACUUGUAGAUCAGUACACAGUGCUCAGCACUCGUGGGCUAUUGCCAGCACAUCCCAAGAUGAGGAACUGGGAUGGCCAGUCACCCCUGUGUGUGUUUAUAAGAGGAUUCACUUCUCCAGGCUCGUAGUUAUGGUGGCGCAAGCCCACACCUGCCUUUGAGAAAUGUCUGCACUAUUAGUUUCUUGGGGGAUCGGUGCCCUUGCUUCCUCCUGACCUUUCCCCUCAGCUUUCUCCCCUGAGCCUCUGGUCUCUCUGGGCACAGUCAUUUCCUGCUGGACAACCCUGCUUUUUUCUUGAGACCCUUGAGACAAGGUCUCACUAUGCAGUUCAGCCUGGUCUUGAUCUCACUUUGUAAGCCAAGCUAGUCUUGAACUCACAGCAAUCCUCCUGCCUCAGCUACCUGAGUGCUGGGAUUACAGGUGUAACCCCUUUGCUCAGCUUGGAUACCCCUGAUUUUAGCACCAUUCUGACCUCAGUGGUCAGAGAACAGCUGGCUAGCAUUUCUGUUCAUCCCAGGAUCCAUUUUUUUAAAAAAUAAAAGAGAAUUUCAUUUUCAAGUUCUAAUUCACCCACUCACUGUUUUCCUUUGGCAAGUUACAUAAUCUUGCUGGGCCUCAAUUUUGUCUGCAAGAUGAGAUUUAAAUAGAACUUCUUGUUAAGAGAAUUAAAAUAAACUGCUACACACAAAGCAUCCAGAAUAACAAUGACCACCUCAGAAGCAUUUGAUAAAUAUUAACUAUGUAAUCAUUACCAUAGUCACUGCAAUCAUCAUCUUUUCUAUUAGUUGCCAAAUAGCACAGAAAAGAUGCCUCAGUGCCCAAGUAGGAGGGGAGGUUGCUGCUCUGGGCUGCAGACAUCCGGGCUCCCGACCAGCAUUGCUUUCAAGACGGGCAGCGAAAAAAGUCAGUUUCUGAACCACUUAUUGCUGAUUCUCUUAUGAUUCAAGAAAUACUCAAUAUUAAAUAAUGUGUGUAGAACCCUGCACAUUUCUUUCAUUCAUCAGGCCCUGGAAAUGCAAAUGAAACCCCGGGAUCAGCUGGCUGAAGAGUCUUCAUCUUUACAGUCAUGGAGACACCCAAGUGCCUCUACGUGCUCCAAAGCUGUCCCCAGCUAGAAUUCAGUGGAUUAGCCACUUCCUGGAGAGGGGACAAAAUGAUCUACUACACUUUGAGAAAGACAUUUCCCCUGCCCAUGGCUCUGCCCUCAUGCCUCAGAGCCAUGCUGAUCUCCUGCUGGGGUGGUGGGGGUCACUUUACAUCUACACUAGAGGCCGGCAGGCUUUCUUACCCAGAGCUGGAUAGGAAAUAUUUUUGGCAUUCUGGGUCAUCCAGUCUUGAUUGCAACUACCCAGCUCUGCAAUUACAGCAGAAACAGCCACAGGCAAUGUAUAAAUGAUGUGUGUAUGUUCCAACAAACUUUAUUUACAAAAACAGGCAGACAAAUAGAUUCGAAGCAAGCGUUAUAGUUUGCAGACUCUUGAUCUAGACCCUAACGCAGCUUGUUUAUGCCAAAGUGUAAUAAAAUUUUGCAUGAAUAAUCUGUUUAGUUUCUAACACCCAGUCCUCUGUAUAGGAGCGCAAGCCAAAUCCAGGAGCUGGCCAAGGCCUGGAGGGCUCAUGGUUGCCUUUAUACUCUGCUUAUCCUCCGUCAUUCAUGUUGUGUUUUGAAUCUAACAUGCACAUAUGCUCGGAGAUGGAGUACUGGAAGGUGAUUGGAUGGCGAGGGCUUUAACUUCUUUAGUGGGCUGAGCCCCUGGGGGAUUCAUAGCUUGAUGGCAUCAUUGGAGAUGCUGGACAUUUAGGAAGAGCCUCGCUGAAAGUGUGUGCCCCGGGGACUAUAUCCCUUCCCUGUCUCUCCUCCUUCUCCCCCUCUUUCUUCUCUUCUUUUCCCUUCUUCUUCCUCUUCUCCCUUUCUUUCUUUCUCUCCCUCUUCCCGUCCUCUCCCUCCCACUUCUCCCGGUUGCCAUGAAGUGAGCACCUUCUUCCGCCUGGACCAUCUGCAUGUUUCUACCCCAUUGCAAGCUCUAAAAGCAGCAGAGGCAGCUAACUGGAGCCAUCAGCCCAAAUAAACCUUUCCUCCUUUGAGUUAUUAUUUUCUGGUGCUUCAUCACAGCAACAGAAAGCUGGCUGAUGGACCUCCUCCUUUCUGCUCCAUCCUCCAUUCAUAACUCUUUCUUCUCCCAGAUGGAAGCCAUUCGGUACACACAAACAGAAAAUUAAAAAGCAAGUGAGUGGCAGAUAAAGUGUCCAAUAGUUUUCAAACUGCAAAUUGCCAUUCAUUGGUGUACCCUAAAGUCGACUUGGUGCACCAUGAUAAACUCUUUUAAAAACAAUCCAGAGUGGAUUGGAAAACCAACUCCAGAUAGUGGCACUUCUUGUAGUACUGCUUCGUGAAAUUCUGUCUUUGUUUUACAAAUUUAUCUACCUAAACAUGCCUAUUUGUUACUGGGUCAUGAUAUAACGUAUGUUUAGUGCUGUGGGUUAUGAUUUAAAAAGUUUUAAAACUCCUAGCUGUAUUCUGGGCUCCUGGAACACCUUCUGUGAGAUCGUUUUUCUUUCACACAAGGUUAAAAGCCCCUGUUCUUAAGAAACUCCUCAUCAUGGGGAGAAUCAGACAUGCAAACAGUUAACACAGAGAGAGGACUCUGAGAUUCGUAAGCAUUGUGUGCCGGGAAGAGGGUGCCUGGAUGGGUGGCAUUUGCUCCGGGUCUUGCAGGCUGAAUAAGGUGUAUUUGGCAACCAGAAAGGAAAGGGCAGUCCAAGGGACACCAUGUACAAGGUAUGAAAUGACUUCUUCUGCUGGCAGACUCCUUGCAGGUUUGUUCUUCAAGGGAAGCCGGGACCUAAGCAAACAUUUGGCUUCUGAUUUUUCAUUUACUUUUCAUGAAGUCAAAUAGACCAACCAAGUCAUAAGCAAACAUGGACUAGGAGGUCACUCUGCUCCUAACUGGCAAAUCUCUUUGACUGCUGACCCAGCACGACUCUUUUCAGGUCCUCUUUCUGGGGAUGUGUUGGACAGUCUCACCCGGAGCCAAAUGCUGGUGCUGCAGGGAGCCACAGUCCUCGUGUAAUAUUCCUGGGAAAAGAAAGCCAUUAAAAAGAGGAUUUGAGGGCGAUGACUUGCAAUUCUCCUGGUGAUCUCUAGAUUGGAGUUUCUACUUGCUCUUGGAUUCUAGAUGCAGAAUCAUCUCACCUUGAGUACAUGCUGGUCCUACUCUGCACCCAAGAGCACUGAUCUGAUGCUGAUCUCUUUACAUUCUGAAAUUCCCCUGACUGUAAUGUACAUGAGUCAGUCUUUAUUGCAGCUUCAAGAUAAUGGGAAUGAUUUCCUUUCAGAACCAGAAAAACUGAAAAAUGACAUCUCUGUAAAUAAUGGUUUUCUGGGGGAACAGAACCAAGAGAAGAUAUGUAUGAGUACCCAUUAGACUGGUUUGCAUGUUCAGAGGCUUAACUGUUCCGUGAUGGCUGUGUAUGGGCUGGAGAGCCAGGAUGGACAUAGCUGUCUAAUCCAAGCAAUUGGAAGCCUCAGAAUAAGAGGGAAAAACAGUGUAGCCCCAAUGCUAUUAUAAAGGUCUGGAAGCCACCCAGAGAGUCAGUUGUGCAAGUCUGUAUUCACAGGCCGAAGAAUCUGGGGUCUGAUAGCCACAGGUGAUGGCAGCAGCCAAAGCAGAAACAAAACAAAACAACUCAACCACAACAAAAACUACCACUCGGGAAGAGUUUAGCACACAUAUACAAGCUUAUUGCUCCUCCCACUUUUCCAUUCCAUCCAGGUCCCCAGUCCAGUGGACGGUGCUGCCCAUAUUCAGGGGUUCUCGCCACUCAGUUUUCUGAUCCAAAUGCUGGCCAUCUCUGGGAACCCUCACAAACACACUUAGAAGUGAGUUUUCAUCAUUUGUAGGCAUUGGUCAAUCCAGUCAACUUGACAAGCAAGAUGAACUAUCAGCGGUCCACCCCUGUCAUCUUGGCACUCAAAGGCAUCUCCUUAAACCACAUUUAAUUUCCAAAUAAAGAAAACAAGGGCACAGUUCCACAGAAUAGUCUAGCAGAAAAUGCCUCCUCCCCACCAGUAUAUUUUGGGCCAGGUAAUAGUUCCUGCUCCAGAUCCAGCUGCUCCUGUCUCUUAGAAACCGUUAGUUACUGUGACACAUUGGUGGUCAGUCACUCCGAUGCACAGCAUACAAACCAAUCCCCAAAUGAAAAGACAUUCUGCCUCUACAUUACUGCUUGCUUACCCCAAGGAAGCCCUAUACCACCAGAAAUCAGGGCCCAAUAGUCUGGGAAUGAUUCUGAUCGGUGUCUGUUGAUGUAAAUAAAUCCGUCUCCAAAGCCUGGGUAUCAUUCUGGUGUUUCUGCUUGAUAUGCACUAUCUCACUUUUAUUUCUGUCUCCAAAUCCAGGCCAUACCAAGCUCCCCUCAAGGACUUUACUGCCCUUGGGAUUUCAAGGCAUUUAACUUAAAAGGAUCAUUGGUUUUUUAAUUUAAAAAUUAGAGAAUUAGCAAAACAUGGUAGGACAAGUCUAAUAGUCUCAGCAUUCUGGGAGACGGAGACAGGAGGACUGAGAGUUGAAGUCCAGCCUGUGCUACAUGGUGAGUUCAAAGUCAGCAAGACUAUGGACUAUGUAGCAAGACCCUGUCUCAAGAAAUUAUGAUAGGAGGGUGUGUGGCGCACACCUAUAAUCCAAACACUUGGAUGCAGAAAGAUCGCUGUGAGUUUUAGGUCAGCCUGGACUACAUAGUGAAAUCCAAUUUCAAGAGAAAAAAAAAGGAAAUAUGAUUGAAUAGAGGGUGAGCCGUGUUUAGAGCCACUCAGAGAAAUUCAACCAAACACAGGCACCUGGAACAAAGAGGAGGGACAUAUACUAAGCUAAGUCAAUCUCACGUGAGACUAGCAGGUCAAGCAGAACAUAGAUACAGGACUUAGUGAAAUGUUCAGCCAGCCCACACAGCUGCCAGAGGAUCUCUGGAUAACUUCCUGCCAUAGUUGGAAUCUAAAAAGAAGAAGAAGAAGAAAAAUAAGGAGGAGGAAGUGGAGGAGGGGGAUGAUAUACUAAGGUAAUGUGGCUAAAUCAAGCCAUGCAGGAUAAACUUGGAAUGUGUGGUCACCUGCCUCCUCUGUCUUCCUCCAAACAGAAGAUGCUGCAGUCCACCAAUAAAUCCUGCUGACAUGAACUAUUUCCUCCUUGAUGAUUGGUCAGUCUUCCUUUUUCCUUUUCUUCCUGUUCCUUUUGUGCACUAGAGUGCUAACUAGAACCACCACAAGUGAGAUGAAUGACUCCAGAUGUGCACAGUAAAUGGAACAGCUAGUCUUUCUCCCCAUGACCUGUGUUAGAGAGGCCUGGGGAAUUAAACAGCCAUGCACAGGACUGUGCAGUGCCAGACUGACUCCAUGCCGCUGGGAGCAGGAAAAUAAGGCCCCAAAGUAUCCCAUCCUACCUGAGGAAGCUACAGACUACAGCAGAAGCAGGUGAUAGCAGCAACAGAACUUGUAAAGCAACAAAUGGGAGGUGAGCAGCCCACCUUGGAGAGGAGUUAAGAAUUGGAACUGAGCAGGUUUGGACUGCAAAAGCAGGAGCAGACAACCAGACCAUAUCACAGCAUCCCACCCACCCUGCAACAAACAACCUGAGAGGAGAAAGCCUUAGCACUGGAAGAGGAACACAGAAGACUCAGCAAGGAUGAGGAGGAGCCAAGAUUGCAUGGAUGGGAAUGCCCCCCCCCCGUCUCUGUCUGAAAACAACACAGCAACUGAGAGACAGACACCUCCAAGAGGAACAGGGUAAGGAGUGAUGGGCAAUAAGGGACACACAGAAAGUACUGGCUGGAGACUCUGGCCCUGGGCCCCACCUCUGGAGGCCAAGAGCAUCCUCAAAUCCAGCACAAACUUUACAGCAGGCUUGAUAGUAUUAUCCAGUAGUUUUGGAUCCUUGGUGGCCACCAGAGGAAUUUUGCUUUUUUUACAUUAUUUUAUUUUUCUUCCUUUUUUUGCUGGUUUGUUUUAUGUUAGUUUUCCUUCUUGUUUUAAUUUCACCUUUUACCUUUAUGUUUGUUCUAAUCUAUUCAUCUUCUUUCCCCUUUUGCUCAAUUUAUAUCUCUCGAGUUAAUCAUAUUUUCAUAUGAGUAAAUAGUCUAAUUUUUCUGACCCACUUCAAAAACCCCCUUGCUUACUUCAUUUUUUCUCUUCUGCCCUCUUUUCUAGUUUUGUGACAUUUGUGUGAACAUCCUUCAUCCCCCAACCCACCUUCUACUUUAUUUCUGUUCAGGUAUUUCUGUUCUAUCUUUGGUUCUCCUUAAAUUUCCCAACCACAGGGUAAAACCACUCUAUGAAGGAAAACACUUAGCAUACAAACUCCCAAUUUAUGAUUAGUUCUGUUAUGCAACUAUAGAUUUUGCCUCCGUGGUUAAAGGUACAAAAUUAAUAGUUACCACAGUAACUAUUCUAAACUGGGUUUGAUGCUAUGGUUAGUGCUAAUUAUACUACUUUAACUAGGAUAUCAUAUCUGAUUUAAUCAGUUGUUUUCACAUCUGUAACAAUACUGGGAGUUUUGGGGUAGUAGCCUCAUCAUACCAGAACUAAAAGACUAGGGAGUGAGCCAAACAGAUACCAACAUAUAACUCUUAAUUAACUGGAAGGGUAGGCUCUUGGGACAGACACAAAGCAAGAACCUUCUAUGCAUAGAGGACAUCCAUCCCUGAAGAGCAAACCUUGUUUAGAAAGGCCUUAAUACUAGUAAUAAAGCUACAAACUACAUAAAGUUACAGAAAACAAAAUGAAAACUCUUGAAGAGGAAAAUGACAAGGUGCAAAGGCAAAAUGCAGUCUUGGACUUCCAACUCACUCAGAACAUGUCCAGGAGGCAAUUAGAUAGAAGAAAAUGGAGACACACAGCUGACAUUUCUGAAAUGAUAGCAACCAAAGUAAAGAAACAAACCGUGAGGGUAUAGAGGAAAGUAUUCCAAGCCCUGAAAGAAAAUAAUCUUCAGCCCAGAUUGAUGUGCCCUGAAAAACUGUCUCUAGAAAUUAAUGGAGAAACAAGAUGAUUCCAAGACAAAAGGAAUUGGGGGAAUUUGCGACCACCAAUCCAACCCAACAGAGAAUAUGGAAGGACAUUCUAGAGAGAGAGAAAAAAAUACCGGGAUUUCAAGAACAGUGGCAGAGAGGCUUCAAUGAAUGGAGCAGACAGUGGAAUGAAGGAGAAAAGUAGACACCAAUGGCAGAAAAAUAGCAUAGCAGAAAUGGGGCAGAGAAGGGUGUCUAUAAUCUCUAACAUAGAUAGCCUUGAUACACUAAAAAAAAGAAAAGAGCAAAAGAAACACAAGAAGAGUAGAUCAGGAUGUAGAGUCCACCAAGAUGCUCUGUAUAGGAAAUGUAAUUAACCUGAAAAAGGGUUUAUGGACCAAAAAUCAAGUAUGAGGAAAAACAAUGCUCUAUUUGACAGGGAACCAGAGAGUAAUAGGGGCAACUUGACCAUCACCUGCAGAUAGGUCGGAAAGACAGGAUAAUUAAUUAUGUGCAAUAGAGAACUACUUAGCUAUAAUGAAGGAAAACCUUGAGGCAUUUGUAGUUAAAGGAAUACAACUUGAGAUCAAGUCCAGGAGUGAGAAGGUUCAGAACCACUUAGGUAAAUAGCAGAUUGCCUCCCCCAAUCUAAAAACUGAGGGAGUUGGUGGGACCCAAAAUGCACAGUGUACCCUGUGGGAGUGAAAGGGGAGGAAUAGUCUUAAAAAAGGAUGCAGAGGAUAUUAACAGUGUAUCAGGACUUAAAACCCACAUUACUUACACUGCUCUGUAUAGAUGGAUUAUAUUCUGUUCCAGUUUGUCUACUUGGACUAGAUUUAAGGGCACAGACAGCUAUGCAGAAAAUAGCAUGAGAUAGUACAGUAAUCACCCUUAAUUUCCUAUUAACCUAAUCUGAAGCCCUGUAUAACUCACACUGUUUUAUCAUGACUGAUCUUAGUUGAAUCUGGUUUGUUAGACUGCUGUUUUGUAUUGACAUAUUUUAUUCAAAUCUGUUAUGACUGAUAGUAUCAAGUCUGAGAGUAUAGGCAGCUACACUGAAAAUGACAAGAUUCACUAGGAUACCAGCUCUGGUUUGGUUAUUACCUGAUUUUGAAGUUUUACACUGUCUACAAUGUUUUAUUUUUAUUAAUAUUGUUAUGUAUUGCUAUAUUCAAUUAUACUAUGCCUGAUGAUGUACACAAUUCUAUUGAAGAUAACAAGAGACAACACAGUAACUACUGUAGAUCACCUUGUCUUGCUUUGAAAUUUAUGUCUCUUACAUUGCUUUCUUAUGUUCUGUUUUGUUGUGUUUAAUUUUGCCCUCUUUAAAAUAAAAUAAAAUUAAAAAAAAAAAGAAAACAACGUCCAACUCAGAUUGAUGUACCCUGAAACUAUCUUUCAAAAUCUUUCACCAGUACUACGGUUUUAUAUGACUUUUUCAUUUCAUGUUUUUAUAGGAAUUUGUUUUGGUUUAUUUUGCUUUGUUUUGUUUUUCCAUUUAAUAUAGAAAUGAUAGAAAUACAACGUAGAGACUCAUGCAUGCAUAGAGCUUAUAAACAAUUUAUGAAAACUGAUCAUAUAACAUAUGAUGAAAUGAACAACUACUUUAAAGAAAAAGACACACUGCAGUACCCAGUGCUGAUUCCAUAGCAUCAUGAUGUGAAAUCCAGCAGUACUAUUAUUCUUUGUUCAGAGUGAUUUUAGCCCAUUUGGUUUUGUUUAAUUUCAACAUACAUGAAGGUGUGGACAGCUAUUUUGAAUAGAACAGGAGACACUAUGACAGCCAUUGUUGACUUCCCUAUUGUCUGAUCUUGAAGACCUUAAACGUCUUCCUCAUCAUUUUCAGAUUGGUUCUAUACUAUGUUGUUUCAUGUAAAUUCUCUGUAUGUGAAGAUAUGGACAACUAUUUGGAAGAAAACAAGAGACAAUGUGAUAGAUAGUGAAGAUCUCUGAUUGUCUUGCUUUGAAAUUUGUGUCUUUUACAUUGCUUUCUUAUGCUCUGUUUUGUUGUGUUUAAU